CCUAUACCGGGCCAUUGCUUACCCAUAGCCGACAGUGAUAGGUAUGUUGCUGCGAAUGGUGAAGCAGAAAUAUGACAAUAGACUAUACAUUGAACUAUCGCGUCGGUAAAUCAACGAUACAUAGCACCUAUCCUCAGUCCACGAAUUGGAAGUGAAUAUUACUGCAGUUCUAUUCGCUCACAUUGAAUGACGAAGUUGAACCGCAACAGAGACUAUACCCGGCAUCUAAACGAGGUGGGGAGAGACUACGAAUCAUGCCAUAGCAGUCACUCUGUCUCAUACUUGCAUAAUAUACGGUCUAUCUGGACUGGAUUUACUCCCUGUACUUCCGUGCCUUUUGUGAACCCUGCGCUCUAUUCAUAGUUUUCGGUUUUAGGCAUGAUUCAUGAAUUAUCACUCGGGUCCGAGCAUAUAAAUAGCAGAUCAAGACCAUGUCCUGAGCCUCAAUGAACAUCACCAGAAGACGACUUCUCCCCAGCGUACCAUCGCUCAUCGUUCAAGUAACUAAACACAAUACUACAUCUUACCAAGUACAGCGCAAUAAUUCUCUUCAAAAUGUCCCCCACCACCGCCACUGCUGCGGCGGCGGCGGCAGCAGCAGCAUCAUCAUCAUCAUGCCACGCCAAGCUCUACAAAAUCCCAACCCGAGAUGCUGCAUGCGCCAUGCCCAUGAACAGUACCUACCACGCCCUAAUGACGGACUGCUGCGGCUCCGCCAGCGUUAUCUCCUACUCGGACUGCGACUACUACUGCCUCGCGCAGAAUCAAACCAUUGGCGACCUCGCACAGUGUCUGAUUAAGGGCUCUGCGGCGGGACAGGUGUGGUGUAAUACAAAUGCGAAUGCAACGGCGACGGGAACUGCGAGUGCGUCUGCCAGCGCAAUGGAAGAUGGAAAGCUUGACCUGAAUGGAUCGAAUGGGGUGGGGACUGUACGUUUGGAUAUCAUGGAUAUAUUAUUGCUGGUGCUUGUGGCGUUUGGUGGAAUUGCGCAGCCUUUUGUUUGAGGGUUAUUUGGCUGAGCCUUCGAUCAUGAAAUAAUCUAGACAGACUGUCAGAAAAGCGAUCAACGUGGAUAAAAGGUUAUAGCUCAUGUAUAUCCGAUGGACAGGAGCAUACGGCGUUCUUUCCUCUUGUUGUCUCUUCAAAUGUUUGAUGCUCAUGAAUGCCGGGUUGCCAGUUGAGAACCAUACUGCCUACACUUGUUAUAGGGGAGUGGGCUGGUUAUGUUUUUAUUGUCAUGUAUCAUACAUGUUCUUUCGGUCUGCUUUAUUAACUGAGCUGUAGAUAUAUAAGCAUCUAGUCUAUCAUGGGUUUGAGGA